AUGUGGCGAGCCGCUGUUCUGCUAUGCUUCAUUCUUCAAGGUGCCACUGUUGCUGCUGAUAACGAGACAUGGGGCUACGUUGAAAUUCGUCACAAGGCGCACCUAUUUUGGUGGUACUACAAAAGCCCACAUCGGGUGUCCUCGCCAGUAAAGCCAUGGCCAACCAUCCUCUGGUUGGAGGGCGGUCCGGGAGGGUCAGGCGUCGGGGGUGGCAACUUCCAGGGGAUCGGGCCGCUGGAUGUCAAUCUGAAGCCACACAACUCGACGUGGCUGCAGAAGGCUGAUCUCAUCUUCGUGGACUUACCAGUGGGUGUUGGGUAUAGCUACGUGGAGGACCCAAGCGUGCUAGCUACGACGGACGUGCAAGUUGCUUCUGAUGCCACCGAGCUCCUCAAGGCACUUACCAAGGAGAUACCCACCUUGCACAGCAGCCCGUUGUUCCUUGUCGGCGAGUCCUAUGGUGGCAAGCUUGCAGCGAAGAUUGGAAUCUCCGUGGCAAAGGCCAUCCACGCCGGGGCCCUCAAGCUCACACUAGGGGGUGUGGUGCUUGGGGAUAGCUGGAUCUCACCAGAUGAUUUUGCGCUGUCAUAUGCGCAACUGUUGCAUGAUGUAUCGAGGCUGAGCGACGAAGCUGUUGCCCCUCUCAACAGAAUGGCGGCAAUUGUAAAAGAGCAGAUAGCAGCCGGACAAUUCACCACGGCGAAGAUGACGUGGACGAAUCUUGUUGAUUUGAUUGACCAGCAGAGUGAUGGCGUGGAUAUGCUAAAUUUCUUGCUUGACAAAGGCGAAGGCUCAUCGACGAGCCAGGUGUUUCCGUCGACCCCCAACACCAUUGACGGUCUCAUGAAUGGGGUCAUUAAAGAAAAGUUGAAGGUUAUUCCUAAGAACAUAAUUUGGCAAGGAGUGGCUAUUCAAGUUUUCGAAGCAAUGAAUGCCACCUACAUGAAGCCAGCAAUCGAUGAGGUUGAUCAAUUGCUAGCAUAUGGAGUAAAUGUGUCGGUUUACAAUGGGCAAUUUGAUGUGAUAUGCUCGACAAUCGGUGUAGAAGCUUGGGUCAAAAAACUCAAAUGGGCUGGUCUGAAGAGUUUCUUGAGCACGCCAAGGCAGGCUUUGCGAUACUGUGAUUCUCCAGCGCGCUGCCUCAACCCCGUGAAGGCAUACGCUAGAUCAUACCAGAACCUGAACUUCUACUGGAUCCUUGGAGCUGGACACAAGGUACGUGCCAACGUAUACAACAUUUCACUAUUUGAAAGACCCUAUAUAGUGUGGGAUGGGCUAACUUGA